CAUCCUGGCCUUUUGGUGCUUACCGGUCCUACAGGCGUGGGAAAAAGCGCCACGCUACGAUGCUUAGCCAAGGAAUUAGACUGUGACAUCAGUGAAUGGAUUGUACCCCCGCAAGACGACUGGAACACCGUCAGUCGACAGUGGGACAUGCCAG